AAUAGCUAUCGAAUACGAGCUUGUCGUCAUGCCGACAACGGAAAGGGCGCCGAGGUCGUAAGAGGUCGGCUUAGAUGCACCGAACGAGCGCGAGAAAUGGCCCCGCGUUUAUCACCUAACCCGGUAUAUUAUUUGGGCGAGACCAACGUCUUCCAACUCAAACGUAUCAAUGUAAAAUUACCUUGGGUAGGUAGUUUAUAGAAGAAGUACCUAAUAUUAUAGAUCAAACUAUAUUAUAUUUACAAUGUCUUUCCCUAAAGUUCCUCCAAGCGGCAUCUGGGCGCCAGCCGUUACAUUCUUCGAUCCCGAAACGGACGAUCUGGACACGGACUCUCAAGCCACGUACUAUUCGUACCUAUCUAAGACCGGUCUUACCGGUCUCGUCAUCCUCGGCACCAAUGCCGAGACGUUCCUCCUCACCCGCAAGGAGAGAAAGACAUUACUCCAGACAGCCCGCAAGGCGUGCGGGCCGUCCUACCCCAUCAUGGCGGGCUGCGGCGGCCAUUCCACACGCCAAGUAUUGGAGUUCGUCACCGACGCCGCGGAAGCCGGGGCUAACUACGUGCUUGUGCUACCGUCGGCUUACUUCGGCAAGGCGACCACUCCAGCCGUGAUCGACAAUUUCUACGCCGAGAUCGCCACCAAGAGCCCCCUCCCCGUGGUGCUGUACAACUUCCCGGGCGUCUGUAACGGCGUCGAUUUGGACUCCGCUACUAUUGCAAAGCUCGCAAAUACUCACAGCAAUAUAGUCGGCGUAAAGUUGACUUGUGGCUCCGUAGCUAAGAUCACGCGUCUCGCUGCCGAACUACCGCCGGAGAGGUUUGCGACUUUCGGAGGACAAUCGGAUUUCCUGAUCGGUGGUCUAAGCGUCGGUUCCGCGGGAUGCAUCGCCGCGUUCGGCAACGUCUUCCCGAAAACCAUCGUGCAGAUCUACAAGCUGUACAAGGAAGGGAAGUAUCAGGAAGCGUUGGCCUUGCACCAAAAGGCCGCACUGGCAGAGCAACCUUGCAAAGCCGGCAUCGCUGUGACGAAAUACGCGGCUGCGAUUCACACGGCGAAGGCGGCGGGUAUCAAGGGUGCCGUGGACAAGUUGAAGCCGAGACGGCCUUACGUAGAGCCUACUGAUGCCGCGAAGAAGAAUAUCGAGGCCCAGAUGGCUGAGUUAGCGGCGAUUGAGAGUACGCUAUAGUAUUAGACAGUGUGAAAUGCCGCAUGUUGUGUACUACCUAGACUCAGAUAGACGCUGCAUAUCUCUAACAUACCAAUAUAAGAAAUCUAAGAGCCAACACUAUCGAUCCGAUGCAAUUCUUACUGAAUGUUACAAAUUUUUCAUGUUAUUGGUGUCAGUCCUUUCUAUUCUCCUUCCCUCAUGCGGUAGAAGACCCGAAAUCCGGAUAAUCCUCCACUAGCGAUAUAAUCGGCAUAAAACAUUUAUUCUGCGCCCAUUCGGGCGUCACGUUAUCGUCGUGAUGUUUGUACCACUGCAGUACCUGAUCCCAACUAAUCCAGUCCCAAUUCUCGCACUUCUCCGGCUCCAACAGCUACAUCAGUAGUAUUAUUAGCUCUCCCCAUCUAGAAAACAAUAC